AUGCCAGCAAGACCCAAUGUCGAUUCACACGCAGCCGAUUACAUUGUCACCAACUGGUACACCAAAAACAAAAACUAUUACGGCAAAGCGGACGUGACGUUUGUCCGUGAUCCUCUCGAUAGUCAGAACUAUACCUACACCGUGUUGAAAGUUGGUUAUCCUAAGGGAUCCUAUGCACCCAUUGGGACGAAAAAGACCAGUGCUGUGGAAGGUGGUGUUGAAUUCUACUCGGUACCUUAUGCCGGCUAUUCUUUCAAUACAGCUUAUUUAAGUUAUGAUCUUAUGUUUGAUGAAAAUUUUGAUUGGGUGAAGGGAGGCAAGCUUCCUGGUAUUUAUGGAGGCCCUCCUGGUGAAGGAUGCUCUGGUGGUGAGAAGGCUACUGGAGAGAAUUGUUUUUCAGUUCGUUUAAUGUGGAGAAACUCAGGUCAUGGCGAGGCAUACGCAUAUAUACCCACUUCAGAUAAUUUAUGUAAAACAAAACACGUUAUAUGUAAUGACGAUUACGGCACAUCGUUUUCUCGUGGUGUUAUCAAAUUUGAAAAGAAAAAAUGGACACACAUUGAUCUUUACGUGAGACUCAAUUCUGGUAAUAACGAAAACGGUAUCUUGAAAGUAUGGCAAGACGGUUCCCUGGUGAUAAACCAGCAACAACUCAAGUUUCGAUCGAAAGACAGCGUGGGUGUGUCCGCUCUCAUGUUUAGUACUUUUUUCGGAGGCGGUUCACAAAGUUAUGCAACACCUGUUGAUACAGCCACAUACUACAAGAAUAUUCAAUUCAGUACCAAUGACACAAUUGAUCCUUCAACUGUUUCUUUUGCGCCAAGCUCAUUAACAAUAUCAGUAUGGACAAGUCUAUAUUGUACAUUAGCGACACUGUUAUUAUCCGUCCUAUUCUCUUGA